AUGGCGGCAGCAGAUGUGGCUCCCCAGUUCGGAGCAGAACUGAAGGAUGCAUUCAAACCGGUCAACUCUUGGGUAUCGAACGGAAUAUCCUGGCUAGACGAGGUCCAGCAGUUCUACCGAGAGCGCAGUGUGAUCGAGAAGGAAUACGCCAGCAAAUUGACCGCACUCUGCAAGAAAUACUACGACCGCAAGUCGAAGAAGAUCAGCCCCCUCAGCGUCGGCGAUACCCCGGCAUUGACUCCUGGCUCCCUCGAGAGUGCAUCGCUGACCACCUGGACGACACAAUUGAACGCCGUCGAAUCCCACGCCGCCGAGCGCGAUCGGUUUGCCACAGACUUGGUCUCCCAGGUGGCGGAGCCACUAAAACAUGCCGCCGCGCAAUAUGAGGAGAUCCGCAAGUCCCAUAUGGAAUAUCACGGAAAGCUGGAGAGGGAACGCGAUGCAUCCUAUGGAGAAUUGAAGAAGGCAAAGGGGAAAUAUGAUGGUGCCUGUCAGGAAGUCGAAACGCGACGAAAGAAAAUGGAGUCAUCAUUCGACCACAGCAAGCCCAAGGCGCAGGCCGCUUACCAGCAGCAAAUCCUGGAAAUGAACAACUACAAGAACCUCUACCUGAUCAAGAUCAAUGUGACGAAUAAACUCAAGGAGAAGUUCUUUCACGAAUAUGUCCCCGAGAUCUUGGAUGGCUUGCAAGAUCUCAAUGAAACUCGGGUCACGAGACUAAACGCCUUGUGGAUUCUCGCAGCACAACUGGAGAAAUCCUCAUUAUCAAAUAGCGUGAACCACUUUGCAGGCCUUCUCAAUGAGAUUCCGCGCAACAACCCGAAGCUUGACUCGAUGAUGUUCCUCCAGCAUAACGCCACGCAAUCUCAGGAACCCGGGAACGUGGGCUUUGAGCCGAGUCCUGUAUGGCAUGAUGAUGCGACCAUUAUUACAGAUGAGGCGGCCAAAGUUUUCUUGCGCAAUGUUCUGGGGAAGAGCAAGACACAAGUGCGGGAUUUGAGGGUACAGUCCGACCAGAAACGACGUGAUUUGGAGACCUCCCAGAACAUCCGCAAGAAUAUCCAGCAGGGCAAGGAUAACCGGAGUGAGGUCGAUGUCGUUCGCUCAAUAUUUCACCUUCAGGAAGCCCUGCAUGAAGUGGACCGUAAAUGGCUGACGGCGGAGGUUGAAACGUCCACCAUCAUGGCAGUUGUGGGUGACUUGUCCAUCGGGGCUCAGAACCACAACUUCCGAUCACAGACUUUCAAAAUUCCAACCAACUGCGAUCUCUGUGGAGAGCGGAUCUGGGGAUUGUCUGCCAAGGGCUUCGACUGCCGGGAUUGCGGCUAUACAUGUCACAGCAAGUGUCAGAUGAAAGUGCCCGCCGAGUGCCCUGGAGAGCAGAGCAAAGAGGACAAGAAGCGGUUGAAGGUUGAGCGGCAGGCCGGCGCCGUGCCUACUGGCGACGUUGGUUCUGCGACCUCGACCAUGGCGCCCUCGCUCACGCGCCAGAAUACCAUGAACUCUUUGAGUUCGGGCUAUGCCGCCAGCACAACACGAUCUGUCUCCAACGUUGCCGCCCAACCCACCCCUGAAAGUCCAGCCGAGGCACCUCCACCCCCAGUCGCCGAGACCAAGCCGACUGCUGCCAAGAACAAAAAAGUGCUGGCACCGCCACCCACGGCGUUCUUCAGUGCGCCACAAGCCACGGACUCCGGCAAUGCUUCCAGGUUGAAACAGCCAAGAGGCAAGAUGAUGUACGCUUACCAGGCCACUGGAGCAGACGAGGUUACGGUGCAAGAAAAUGAUGACGUUGCUAUUGUUGAACCAGACGAUGGAUCUGGAUGGAUGCGUGUUCGUGCUGCGGGCAAUGAGGGUCUCGUUCCUGCAGCCUAUGUUGAAAUAGCACCCACCCCAUCACCCAUACCAUCAGUUAACACCAGUCUGACCGAUCGACCCGGCUCGGUCUAUUCGAGUUCUUCCGCCUCACUGGCAGGCAGCACCGCCGCCACGAAACGCGUUGGCCCGGCUGUGGCGCCACGCCGAGGUGCCAAGAAAUUACAGUAUGUGGAGGCGUUGUACGACUACGAAGCUCGCAGCGACGUGGAGUGGUCCAUGACCGAGGGUGAUCGGUUUGUCCUGAUCACCCGUGACAGUGGCGAUGGAUGGGCCGAUGUGGAGCGUGGUGGAAUGACGAAGAGUGUCCCGGCAAACUAUAUCCAGGAGGUUUAG